AUGAGACUGGCGCGGCUGCUGCGGAGGCUUGUCUCGGCUGGCCCGGGUCCCGGGCUGCGCUCCCCUCACCCCAGCACCAGCCACAGCCUCGCUUCCGACUCGGGCUCCGGCCCGGCGGCCGAACGAGGCGUUCCGGGCCAAGUGGACUUCUACGCGCGUUUCUCGCCGUCCCCCCUGUCCAUGAAGCAGUUCCUGGACUUCGGAUCUGUGAAUGCUUGUGAAAAGACCUCAUUUAUGUUUCUGCGGCAAGAGUUGCCUGUUAGACUGGCAAAUAUAAUGAAAGAAAUAAGUCUCCUUCCAUAUAAUCUGCUCAGGACACCAUCAGUUCAACUGGUACAAAGCUGGUAUAACCAGAGUCUUCAGGAGCUUCUGGAUUUUAAGGACAAAAGCGCUGAAGAUGCUAAAGCUAUUUAUGACUUUACAGACACUGUGAUACGGAUCAGAAAUCGACACAAUGACGUCAUUCCCACCAUGGCCCAGGGUGUGGUUGAAUAUAAGGAGAGCUUCGGGGUGGAUCCUGUCACCAGCCAGAAUGUUCAGUACUUUUUGGAUCGUUUCUACAUGAGUCGCAUUUCAAUUAGAAUGCUGCUCAAUCAACACUCUUUAUUAUUUGGUGGAAAAGGCAAAGGAAGUCCUUCUCAUCGAAAACACAUAGGAAGCAUCAAUCCAAAUUGCAAUGUAGUUGAAGUUAUUAAAGAUGGCUAUGAAAAUGCUAGGCAUCUAUGUGAUUUGUAUUAUUUUAACUCUCCUGAGCUAGAACUUGAGGAAUUAAAUGUAAAAUCACCAGGACAGCCAAUACAAGUGGUUUAUGUACCAUCCCAUCUCUAUCACAUGGUGUUUGAACUUUUCAAGAAUGCAAUGAGAGCAACUAUGGAGCACCUUGCCGACAAAGGUGUUUACCCCCCCAUUCAGGUUCACGUCACUCUAGGUAAUGAGGAUUUGACUGUGAAGAUGAGUGACUGUGGAGGCGGUGUUCCUUUGAGGAAAAUCGACAGGCUCUUCAACUACAUGUAUUCAACUGCACCUUGGCCUCGUGUGGAGACAUCCCGAGCAGUGCCCCUGGCUGGUUUUGGUUAUGGAUUGCCCAUAUCACGUCUUUAUGCACAGUACUUCCAAGGAGACCUAAAGCUAUAUUCUCUAGAGGGUUAUGGGACAGAUGCUGUUAUCUACAUUAAGGCCUUGUCAACGGAAUCAAUAGAAAGACUCCCAGUAUAUAACAAAGCUGCCUGGAAGCAUUACAACACCAACCAUGAGGCUGAUGACUGGUGUGUCCGGAGAAGAGAACUGAAAGACAUGACGAUGUUCCGCAGUGCCUAGUUACCCUUGAAAUGCCCAGAAAACCCAAACGUGACUUUGGUAUUACAUUUUGAAGGGAAGAUAUUCAGAACUACAUUAUACCAAAUAUUUCACAUCGUUUUCACAAUUAAUUUCGGGUAGAUCAAAUGGAAACCGAAUUCCAUUUAUGCCUGUUAAACCUCCUAAAAAAUGAAAUUGUACCUAUUUUACACUUAUAUUUU